UGCAUCUCCCAUCCAUCUAUAAUUCCUCUCUCUUUAAUUAGUCCUUCUAUCUAAUAUUAAUCAAGUGGGAACAAAUGGAGAUCCCUGUUGAUACUUCAUCAGUUUCCGGCCACACCGUGUGUGUCACCGGCGCUGGCGGGUUCAUUGCCUCCUGGCUGGUCAAACUUCUCUUGGAGAAAGGCUACAUCGUUAGGGGAACCGUGAGAAACCCAGAUGAUCCAAAGAAUGGUCACCUGAAAGAGUUGGAAGGAGCCAGGGAGAGGCUAACUCUACAUAAGGCUAAUCUCCUUGAUCUUGAUUCUCUUAAACAUGUCUUUCAUGGUUGCGAUGGUAUCUUCCACACUGCCUCUCCUGUCACUGAAAACCCUGAUGAGAUGUUGGAGCCCUCAGUGAAUGGAACCAGGAAUGUGGUCAUGGCAGCUGCAGAAGCAAAAGUGAGACGAUUGGUGUUCACUUCAUCAAUUGGCACAGUUUAUAUGGACCCCUAUAGGAGCAGGGAUGUAGUGGUUGAUGAAUCAUGCUGGAGUGAUCUGGAGUACUGCGAGAACACCAAGAAUUGGUACUGCUAUUGGAAAACCGUGGCUGAGCAAAUAGCAUGGGAUGCAGCAAAAGUAAAAGGAGUAGACUUGGUUGUGGUGAACCCUGUAAUGGUUAUUGGGCCAUUACUACAACCCACUCUCAAUGCUAGUACAAUUCACAUCCUCAAGUACCUUACUGGCUCUGCUAAAACUUAUGUGAAUGCUACUCAGGCUUAUGUGGAUGUUAAGGAUGUUGCAUUAGCCCACGUUCUUGUGUAUGAGACACCAUCUGCUUCUGGCAGAUAUCUUUGUGCUGAAAGUUCACUGCAUCGUGGUGAACUCGUUGAAUUUCUCGCCAAAUAUUUCCCUGCGUAUCCAAUUCCUACCAAGUGUUCAGAUAGAAAGAACCCGUGGGUCAAGCCCUACAAAUUUUCAAAUCAGAAGCUAAAAGACUUAGGAUUAGAAUUCACACCAGUGAAGCAAGUUCUGUAUGACACCAUUAAAAAUCUGCAGGAGAAAGGCUGCCUUCCUGUCCCCAUAAAGCAAGACGACGCUUACAUUGCAGCUAGGCUGUGAGUUCAAGUCAGAACAAAGUGGUAGCUUUUGUUGGAAAUUUUGAAGCUAUGUCUUAAUUAAUCAAAUCCUGUUAGACACGAGAUCAUAGCAUCUUCAGUAAUUCCCACAUAUAUAAUUAUAUCAUAAUGUUGCUUGAGGGAGAGAGAUUCAUGCUUUUGAGCUCCUCACAGAAUCUUAGUAAGUGAUAGAGACUGCUAUCUUCAUCAUAAUCAUGUAGAAUGUGUUUUAAGUUCUGUAAUGGAAUAACAAGUCACAAAUUCAUCAAUUGGCUAAAUAUACUAGUCUUGCCUAUGA